UCGGCUCGCCACGUGCAGCCCUGUGCUGGGGUCUGUGCUGGGGUCUGUGCUGCGGGGGCACCUGCCUGGGAGCACGAAGACCCCACGGCAGAGAUGGCGCCGCUGAGCACCUGGCCUUGGCCCUUGACCUCUCUGGACGUCCGUUUCCACUUCUGAAAAAUUAGAGGGUUGGUGUCUCUAGGAUCUCUUCCUGUGUUAGAAUUGUGUAAGGCCACACAAAUGUCCAUCUGUCUUGUGUCUGGAUCAGAACAUGGCAUUUUAAAAUUUGGGAUGUCGCUGUUUUCCUUGGGGAGCAGCGUGAUGAGGACGGAGGUGGACGGGCCCCACCUGUUGAGAACAGUGUUGAGUUAGAAGGCUGUCGGGUCACAUCUGGGUUCUGGGCGUGGCUCUGCCUCAGCUAUGUGGCAAGUGACCUCUACAAAAGUCAGAUCUCAGAUCUGAGAAAUGGGGGACAACAGCACUUACCCCCUAGAACUGCUGUAGGGGUGACUGAGAAACCAGCUGAGUGCUGGGGCCCAGUGAGUGUUCGGUAAAUGACAGUGACGGUUAUUGCUCAGUUUUGAAUGUAGGAUCAGGUGGAACCAGGAGACCCGUGCCCCAGACCCCUCGCUGUGUCACUCUGGGCCAGCCACGUUUCCUCCCUAGUCUCCGUGGCCCUGCAGUGGGACACGCCUGGUUCCUGAGCGGGACAGCCGUGCAGGACAAGACACACGGGGGGCAGCAGAGCACUGUGCGUCCAGCAGAGGGCCCUGCCCGGCCUGGCCGGGGGCUGGGCAGGAGGGCGGGUGAUGCCAGACGCCUGACUGGGGGCGGACCCAGCCGGCCAGCUGCCUCCGGAGCCCCGCACUUGGGCGCCCUGCCCUCACCUGCUCUCCGAGGGGCAGCUGCCUCCUGCUCGUCCGGCCAUGCGGUGGCUGUGGCCCCUGGCCAUCUGUCUUGCUGCGGUGCUGGCUGCGGGACUUAGCAGGGUCUCUGGGGGGGCCCCUCUGCACUCGGACAGGCGCAGAGCUGAGGCGCAGGAGCAGCAGAGCCGACCCAAGCGAGGCACCGAGGAUGAGGAGGCCAAAGGUGUGCAGCAGUACGGGCCCGAGGAGUGGGCUGAGUACCCCCGGCCCAUGCACCCCGCUGGCCUGCAGCCCACCCGGCUCUUGGUGGCCACCAGCCCCAGCCCAGGCAAGGACGGGGGCACCCCAGGCAGCGGGCAGCGGCUGAGGGGCAAUCUGACAGGGGCACCGGGACAGAGGCUGCAGAUCCAGAACCCCCUGUACCCGGUGACAGAGAGCUCCUACAGCGCCUACGCCGUCAUGCUCCUGGCCCUGGUGGUGUUUGCCGUGGGCAUCGUGGGCAACCUGUCCGUCAUGUGCAUCGUGUGGCACAGCUACUACCUGAAGAGCGCCUGGAACUCCAUCCUCGCCAGCCUGGCCCUCUGGGAUUUUCUGGUCCUCUUUUUCUGCCUCCCCAUUGUCAUCUUCAAUGAGAUCACCAAGCAGAGGCUGCUUGGUGACAUUUCUUGUCGGGCUGUGCCCUUCAUGGAGGUCUCCUCUCUGGGCGUCACGACCUUCAGCCUCUGUGCCCUGGGCAUCGACCGCUUCCACGUGGCUACCAGCACCCUGCCCAAGGUGCGGCCCAUCGAGCGGUGCCAGUCGAUCCUGGCCAAGCUGGCUGUCAUCUGGGUGGGCUCCAUGACGCUGGCCGUGCCCGAGCUCCUGCUGUGGCAGCUGGCGCAGGAGCCGGCCCCCACCACGGGCACCGUGGACUCGUGCGUCAUGAAGCCCUCGGCCAGCCUGCCCGAGUCCCUCUACUCACUGGUGAUGACGUACCAGAACGCCCGCAUGUGGUGGUACUUCGGCUGCUACUUCUGCCUGCCCAUCCUCUUCACCGUCACCUGCCAGCUGGUGACGUGGCGGGUGCGGGGCCCCCCGGGCAGGAAGCCGGAGUGCCGGGCGGGCAAGCACCAGCAGUGCGAGAGCCAGCUCAACAGCACCGUGGUGGGCCUGACCGUGGUCUACGCCUGCUGCACCCUCCCCGAGAACGUGUGCAACAUCGUGGUGGCCUACCUGUCCACCGAGCUCACGCGCCAGACCCUGGACCUCCUGGGCCUCAUCAACCAGUUCUCCACCUUCUUCAAGGGCGCCAUCACCCCCGUGCUCCUGCUGUGCGUGUGCAAGCCGCUGGGCCAGGCCUUCCUGGACUGCUGCUGCUGCUGCUGCUGCGAGGACUGCGGCCGGGCCGGGGAUGCCUCGGCCACCGACGGCUCGGACAGCAAGCUCAAGACCGAGGUGUCCUCCUCCAUCUACUUCCACAAGCCCAGGGAGUCACCUCCGCUCCUGCCCCUGGGCACGCCCUGCUGAGGCGGAGCCGCCGCCCAGCCCGUGCCUGCGUUUCUGUCCCCAUAGGUCUUGCUUUGUGCCCGUCUUGCUGCCUAGAGAUGGAUUUGGUUCCUCUUGUCGAGGUUUGGGCAUGUCGAAGCCCCCUCUCCCAGCAGGGCCCUUCCUGUCACUUGUGGGGCCUUCCAGCCCUGUCCUUUCCACCGGUGGGCCAUGAUGCUUCUAGGUCCUUAGAGCUGCCUGGAAACUCAGUGCCACCAGGUGGGAGCCAGAACUUGGCCUGCGUCUCCUGGCUCCAGCCCUUCCUCCCUCGCUCACCUAGGAAGCUGACUCUCCUUCAGGUGCCCCCUCUGAGCAUCAUCCCCCACCCUUUGCCCUGGAGCCCCAUCCCGGGUGGGGGCACCUUGGGGCUGCCCGACGUGGCUCAGUUCCCCUUUCUCUGGACCGGGUCUGUCCCAGCCCUGGAUGCGCCCUGUCACCGCUGACUUCUCUUCUUCUGGAGAUUUCUGUCUCCUUCCACCUCGUUUCUUUCAGAUGCCCUGGGUUGCCCUGUCCCAGCUGCCCCUGUUAGGUGCUUUCCUAUAGAAGGCCCAUCUUGAAAAACAAUAAACUAGGUAGAAAUAC